UGUGCUUCAGUCAGGAUCGACUCCAACAAGGCGAAUGAAUUCCUGUCCAGUUCUCGCCCGAGACGCAGUGUCGAUGCACGCUGGCACAGGCAAAGUCCAGAUUUCCAGGCGUAUUACAGAUACUACAGCAGCAUCGGACACACGGAGGGCCUGUAUGAGAUCGACAGGAUCCGCAUGCUGUACCAGCAGAUGAGGCACCUGGAGCAGGUCUACGGCCCCAACGCCUCGUACUACCAGAGCAAACUGGGGGUUCCGCUUCUGCCUCCGCUUCCCAAAUGUGACCCAGCCAAAGACAAGAGCUGCAAGCCCGCUCCGCCCCCAGCUGCUGUCAAAGCCCCCGUGACUCCGCCCAUCGCUCAGGCUGAUGUCGUCUAUCUGUGCAACAGCAAAGACCCCCAGUGCAGGCCGCACAUCGUGUACAUGCCGAGCGGAGCCGUGCCGGUGCUGUGUGACCCGCGCUAUCACCCCACCUGCAAGCUGGAAGGCCCCGCCCCCUCGCCCGUCCCCUCCAAGAAAUACGAUCUGGCCCCUCCACCAGCCCCCAUCGUCUUCAAGGGAAUGGAGUACGACUGCGACCCUUACUGGGACCCCGACUGCCUGAUCGAUCAGCCCCCGCGGCCCGUGAAGGGUAAAGCCCUGCCGCCGGUGCCGGUGCCGGAGGAUGACGAACCAGAACCAGAACCGGAGUCGCCGAAACUCCCACACAUGUAUUACGGCCGCCUUUAUCCCUACAACUACCGCUCCGAGCUCUACGACCCGCUCCGACACGCCUAG